AUGGUGGCGCGUAGUGAGAGCAUGUUUGGGUGUUACGACAGUUACUCCUAUAGACUGUGGAGUUUAGCCAAUGUAUGGAACACCUGUCAACCCUCCCCACUCACAAACGGUGCAAUAAAAGAAGAAGAUCUCACUCCCACCACUCCAGAAUACUUCAUCAAAUGUCCGCAAUGCCAGAAAGGUUGUCAGACGUUCCAAGCGCUCAAAGAGCACAUGGAAUGCGCUCAUAUGGAUCCGAGCAGCCUUUCGGAAGCCGGAUGUUUGACAGCUCCUAGUUCAAUUUCCCCUACGCCGAAUCUCGGCUGCACAGGUCCUUUUGGGUGUUCGCAGUGCACGACUACCUUUAGUUCCAAGGAUCAGUUGGAGAAGCAUGAGUUGCUGCAUUCACCCAACGCACAAGUGUCCUGCAAAGUUUGCAACAAAACUUUCGCCAACGUCUAUCGGCUACAAAGACACAUGAUUAGCCACGAUGAAAGCGCCAUCUUAAGAAAAUUUAAAUGCACAGAAUGUGAGAAGGCGUUCAAAUUUAAACAUCACCUUAAGGAACACAUUAGAAUCCACAGUGGUGAAAAACCCUUUGAAUGCGGAAACUGCGGCAAACGUUUCUCCCACUCCGGAUCCUAUUCUAGUCAUAUGACGUCGAAGAAAUGUCUAGUGAUGAACGUUAAAUUAGGCAGGACAAGAGCACCAACAAAUUCACUUUUAGACAAAAAUACUCAACAUAAUAGAGGAGCGAAAAGAUCCAACAUUAGUCCUAUUAAUAACAACAUCACCACUAGUCCCAAUCAUAAUUCUUAUUUACCGAUUCUACCGAAGUACCCGGAAGCAGCUGCUGCUUUUUUGCAGUCUUCUCUAAGCGGUAAUCCCACCAUUCCUCCUUUCUAUUUAGGCCCUCCUAGUAUUCUCAGCGCUCACGCUAUUAGUCCGUAUUCUAUACCAUCGCUCAACCACAUAUUGGAACAGCUACAGCAACAACACCAACAAAAUCAGCAGCAAAGUCCUCUAAGGCCGCCUUGUGUUGAAAACUGUGAUAGUCCUAGACGAACAGAAUCUAACCCAAACUUCGAAAAUUCCAGUAAUCAUUCUGAAAACAACGAAAAUAUAGCCAAUUCCGAUUGUGGUGAUCUAGUAAUGGACGAAGAAGCUGAUAUAGAAACCAAAAACGAAUCUGAAAACCAAACAACUACUGGUGAUUUAGAAGCUGUUAAAAGGAUAUUAGAAACCGUAAAUGCUACUGUUACCAAAGAAUUACUAGAAGCCAAUAUGCAAAAAAUAUCUUCGGAUACCUCCAGUGAAUGCCAUAGUGUUACUUCAGCUCAUUCCCCGAAAUCAACCUCGAAAUGUACUACGUGUAAAAAAGUGUUUGAUACGCAGCAACUAUUAGAAGAACACGAAUGUGUGGAUAUAAAAAGCGAAGGCUUAGCGGCAAAAUUAGAAGGUGCAUUUACAAGCAAAUCUGACGAAGCUCAUAACGGCAGUAUAAGCGGUGAAGAUCAAGAUUACGAUAGAAUGCAUUACAGCGAAAUUGAUUCCGAAUCGUUUACUACGACCGAUCACGUUUCUGAAGACGGUAGAAAAGUUCGAGUGAGAUCUUUAAUAUCAGACGAACAACUUAAAGUUCUUAAAGACAAUUAUAAAUUAAAUCCUAGACCGAAACGUGAAGAUUUAGAGAAAAUAGCGUCAGCCAUCGGAUUUCCUGUUCGAGUAGUUCAAGUAUGGUUCCAAAAUACUAGAGCUCGAGAUAGGAGAGAAGGAAAAUUAAUUCAAGUUCCUUACAGCCCAAUGUCGUCUUCUCCACGAUAUAAUCUACCUCCUAAAGCACCUUUAAUGUCUCCAAACCAAUACUCGUCCGAACAACCGUUAGAUCUUUCAAUAAAGAGGGAAAUUACUUCAGCUGAAUCUUCACCAGCAAGUUCUCCUCGAAGAGCUUCAUCAGAAAUUAACGAUGAAGCCGUGAAUCUCAGUAGAAAAAAUUCCAGAAGUCCCACUCCAUACCUUCCUUACCAAAACCACUACCACAACUCGAAUUCUUCAGAUCCUCGGCAGUCUCCUUCGCCGUUGGACUUCAACAGUAGUCGACUAGCUCAAAUUCUAGCUCAACCAGCUCACAAACUCGCAUUACCCGGCAUGGGGCUGGUCCCCAUGGAUCAAUUAAUGCAAUUCGGUACUACGGAUCUUCCUAGUCUAUCUCAAUUUAUUAAUAGUAGAAUUUCGAACCUGAGUCCGAGCGAAAAACGCGCCUGGAACGAAGCGAGAGAUCUUUCCGGUGAUAUGACGGAAGACGAUCUUUCGAAUCCGAGUAAGAGAAGUAAAAUGUCGCAGUUUGUUUUCAAGAGCCUCGGCAGUCCAGUAUUAGGCAACACGGAGGUGGAAGUUGAAGGGCAGUUUACUUGCGACCAAUGUGAUAAGGCGUUUUCGAAGCAGAGUUCGUUGGCUAGGCACAAGUAUGAACAUUCAGGUCAACGUCCACACAAAUGCGACGAAUGUCCGAAAGCCUUCAAACACAAACACCACCUCACAGAACACAAGCGUCUUCACAGUGGAGAGAAACCUUUUCAAUGCAGCAAAUGUUUGAAAAGGUUUUCGCAUUCUGGAUCCUACAGCCAGCAUAUGAAUCACCGGUACUCUUACUGUAAACCGUAUAGAGAGUAA